GGCAUCCGGACGCAAUGUUUACAAGUUGAAGGCCUGACAUCCACGUCUGUCGAGGAGCGAGAGAUGGAUGUUGAAUUUCAGUGAAAAAGCGAAGUUGCGUCCCACUGCUCACCUACAUGAUCCUCUCAUUCAAAGACAAGUUGAUGGCAGUAUGCGGAAGUACCAGCAGCUUGCGCUUACCAUUGUUUCAGUGGUGUGUCUUGUUGCCUUCUUGUUUUAUAAACAUGAAUACGAAAGGCUGAGAUACACCCUUGAAUACCUCGACACCUUUGGUGAACCUCCCUCCAAAUUAGAAGCAGCAAGACCUCAAUGUGGCUACAACACUCACCACAAGAUUGCAACGCCUCCUGCUGACUGGGUUCAAGUCACCUUUGACCUUGAGGUUUAUUCAUCUUACUGGGAUGACUCAAAUGGCUUGGGCGAGCCACAGAUCCGAACAGUGGGAGCUGUACGCAAGACCUCAGCUACUCCUUCAGAUCUUGGGUGUUUGGUAUGGUUUGAGUCCGAGAGUGAGCCAGUGCCAGGAUCUUGCAGUGUAGAACCAGUGUCAGAGAGAGAGCAUGGCCACAGCACACAUAAGGAAGAUAUAGAGGUCUUGUAUUUACUGUGCACAGCCCAUAACAAGAAGCUUAUGUUAAGCAAAACUCCAUACAUGAUUCAGUUUACUGUAGGUAAUUCUGAAGUAUCAAAGCCAGUCUUCAUACAUGAGAGUGAGAGCUCAAAGAGUGUUAUCAAUAAAUCUGCAGUCUGUAUUCUUCCAGUGGAGGGUCCAGUAACUACUUUGAAGAUAAUUGAAUUUAUAGCCUUUUAUAACAUUAUUGGCAUUGAUAGGUUUUCAAUUUAUGGUCCAGUUCUCACACCUCUUGCUAGAAAACUCUUAGACAAAUACAGUGACGAGGUUGGUAUCGAAUUUGAAGAAAAACUUUUUAGCUCUUCUCAUAGUUUCAAACUUGAAAAGGCAGUUGUCAAAAAGAUAGUUGAAUUAGAUUGUCUCUACCGUCAUCGUGACACACAUGAGAAUGUCUUGAUUCUAGACUUGGAUCAGUAUCUUAUACUGAAGCACAAAGCUACACUGCAAGAAACUUUAAUGGUAUUGGUGGGCAGUAAUCGACGCUCAAGAGAAGUAGCAGAGUUCCAUUUUUCAAGCCAAGAAGUUUGCCUCGAUCAAGAUCACUUAAAGAGGGGCACUUUACUAUUGUCACAGCAAAUCCAUAAGGUAGGCUCUGCUAAGGAAAUGGGUGUAGCAGUUCUUCGUCCACAUCUAGUGACGGCUUCCCUGCUGGGUAGAUUAGGAGAGGCACCCAAGAGUCAGCAUGUGUCCUUAGCAACUGCAUUUGUACAUCAGUACUCUGUUUGCUCGUCUACGGACAAUCAUGAUGACCAGCAGCAUCUUCCUACUACAAAAUGGAUUUUAGAUAAAUUAGAGAAGUCCCUCUUAUACAGAAAAUGGGGGAUAAAUCGCUGAGCAUUUAACAGCUAGAUUCAAUGUAUGUGUGAUAAACCAUAGGUUUGUAUAGGACUAACCUUAUUUCUGGGUCAAGUCUGGCAAGAUUAUUCUGAAGGAUGUUGGAAUUUUAUAGAUUCGCUACUAUUAGUAAAACUAGUUAAAGCAAAAGAUUUUCCCUCAAUGAAUUAAAUACUACCAGCAACAUUCCACUUGUGAAGGGAUAAGUAUUUGAAAAGCUGGGAUACUUCUUAGAUGGUUGAGGUACAAGAUAAUUUGAUGACUUUAAUUUCAGUAUUCUUUUCCAUUGCAUCUUUUUAUACGGUAAAAGGUAAUGUUAUUAGAAACAGUAAUCUCAAUUGUAAUAUAAAAAGAAUUCAGGCUCAAAUGGUUGUAGUAAGUAUUGAGUAGACAAAUGUUUAUUAAUCUUUUUUUAAUGGUGUGGAUCUCAAAUAUGUGUAUAUUGGUGAGCAUGUAUCCAAUUCUGAGGAGACUUUGUACAUGACAAGGGUAAAUAGAACAGUAAACUAAUGCAUUUAUAAACUUAAGAGUGCAAUGCUGAAUGGGGCUAUUUUGUAAGCAGACAUUCUGAAUAUCGCCAAAUGGGAACAUUAUCAUACUAUAUGUAAUCCUUAGGUUUAGUUUACAUAUUUGGAACAUUUAGUAUUAGCAUGUCCAGAUGACGCACUGUUAGGAGGGUUACAUUUUAGGUCCAGUGUGUUCCUGAAUCAUUAACACAAGAAUAUUGUGUUAUCAUAUUCAUUUGGAGAUUACAAGUUCCUAUAUUGACUGAUUGUGUGUCACCAUUCAAAUUAAAUUGACUGAUCUGAUUUCUUUUCCCAUUAGUAAUCACUUGUAUAGUUUUUGUUUGUUUCCCUAACUAUAUUUAUACUGACUGAAAGUUGCAUGUAAAUGCAUUUUGUGAUAAGCUUCCCAUCCCUGUGAUUCAACAUUUCAAAUUUUUAUGUAAUAUUACUAGAAAUCUCCUUUGUUGCUGUUGAGUAAAAGACUUGAGUUAAUGUUUAUAUAGAGCAGGCACCAUGUCAUUGAUUGCCUGGAAAUUAGGAUAUGAUAUUUAGAUGUACUACAAGGUUUUUGUAGGAAAGGAUAAUGAUAUUUAAAUAAAAAAUGAUUAGUUA